UUUCGAAUUAUUUUUAAUUCUGUUAUAAUCUAAUUGUGUUACAAUUAUAGUUUUUAUAAUACAAUAUCGUUACACCCAUUCAUUUAAAGCACAUUAAGACAUUAUCCAUUAUAUUCUUCUGCUUUGCAGAGCCACAAAAAGUUCUACCUGAAAUGUCCAUUGAUCACUGAUUAUGAGAAUAUAAAACAACAACCGUGGAGUAGGACGCGACUUUCCAAGUCGGCAGGUUCAUCCUAUUAUCUCGUUAUAGUUAGACAGAAAGAGACGCUGUUUUUCUUUUUUUUUUAACCACAAAUGGCGGGAAACAGAAACAAUAAUGAAACGUCACCUCCGGUUCAUGCCGCGAACAAUGGAGUAAACAAUGUCGAGAGCGCGCCACAAACGGGACAAGUUCCCGCUGGGAUGAUCCUCAUUGUUGUUGAAUUCAGAAAGUAUCACCAAGGAACGGGGCUUGCGUAAACGGCAGAUUAACAUUUGAUAAUCGCUACUGUCGCACAGUAGAAGAAGAACGUACAUAUGUCCUGAAGAAGUGACGCGUCAACCAUACGUUAUUACUCAAGAACACGACCACGUAUCUUUCGACAUCGACCGGCUGAUUGUUCUCUUGCACGGAUGUUACCGGCAACACAUCUUUAGAAAGUGAAGAGGGAUAUUGAUGCGUCUCAAAGACUGAUAUCUGUGUCAUCGCGUAACAUAAGAUGGAGCUCCAGUCCCCGAGGAUGCUGUUGAACACGAGGACUCCGUGGUGUCCGCUUCAAACGUAGACGAAGAAUACGAAGAUGGCGACGACUCGGACAUAUACAUGGAACCCGACGAAGCCGAGUCAGAAGAUGCAGAUAAAGGCGAGGAGGAAAAAUCGAAGAAAUCAACCGAAGACGUAUCCAUCGAGUUAACCGAGAAGACAGUCGCAGCUUCGAGCAACGCAACAACUCAAAACGUCACCAAGGACCAGGAUGCACAAAACACCGAGGAGACUGGCCAAGCAGAUGUGUCCGAUUCCGAAAUCAAGAGUCUAGAGACGGAGAGCCAAAAUUUCUUCCCCUCGUUCGCGGAGCUCUUUGCGAAUCACAGACUUCCCUUCACGGAGCAGCGAUACAGACCCAACAGAUUCCUGGGAUACUUCCAGCGCGAUCGCAGCGGCUUCCAAACCUCGGCAGCGACCGCGAAAGACGUUCAGCAUCCUCUUCUAGGUUCCGGAAACUUUGGCGUGAUUCGAGGCGGUACGUACUAUCCCGAGGAGAAGGAAAACGAUGAGUACUCCGCUGAUGACAGUGUUUACAAUCCCUACUACCACGGCGGAAAUCGUGGCCGAGCAAACUAUUACAGAAACCCAAAACCGCAACCGGUUCGCGGCGGAGACUUCUUCGCGAACUUCCGCGACUUCGCCGAUAUCACAGCUCCCCCCAAGUCCAGUUUCUCGCAUCUGUCCGUGGUCUACGCGAACAAAAAUGGUAGCGCCACUGGACGCAUCACGGAGCCGAGGAACAUCAUCGAAACUUUGAGAAUGCUCGAGGAGGAAGGCCAGACGAACGCGGAGGCGACCACCACGACGGAAGUGCCGAGGAAGAAGCAGAGCAAGGGUAAAAGGAAACUGAUAAAAAUGAAGCAAUACGAGGACGACAAGGCCAGGAGAUCCCGCAUGACUAUGGAACCACUGUUAGCAUUGAGCUGAACGCGCACCGGGAUUCGCGUUGUACGGUAGUGUGGACGCGGACCUCGGGAUUCUACCCAAACGCGGAAUCUGGCCACGAGAUCAGAACCAAAGUCUGAAAAUGUGUUGUUAUGCUCCACUAUCGAAGGAGUUUGCGCCGUAAACAAAAGGGAUAGUGACGAAGGAAAUCCUCGCGUUUCUAUGGAACGUUCUUGAAACAUUGCGCGUCCGAAUUUUUGGAUAAAUUUUAAACGCUUCGGACUCGGGUUGGUAUCGAUUGUGUACUUUCGCAUAGAUAUCCGUCUCACUUCGUGCUUCUCAUUUUUCACAAUUGUACACGCGUUCCGGUUCGGUAUAAUUUUCGAUCUUUCCAGCAAUCGGAUCGAUUGCGUGGAAACACGAGUACGCGGUCAUUAACGUUGACUAUGGGAAAUAAUAAUAAGCGAUUGAUGAAAUUACUACCUGAGAAGCGUUACGCUAUCCAGUUCGAUAUAUGACGCGAUCUGGGCAAAACUAGAAACGACGAAAUACCCUGUGUUGUCAAAUUUGAACGUUAUUAUCGCAGGAGUAAGUCAUGAAUUCGGGUAAUUCGACAAUCUAGAAAGUGGGCUAUCAUGAAUGCUUUCAGGAAACUGAUCUUUUUUGUAUUUUUUAGCGAGUAAUUAAUUGAUUGACGAAAACAACAAGUCAAAUUGUGAAGUAAUACCGAAAGAUUGAUUUAAAUUGAAUUACCUAAGGUUGACGAAACUACUGAUAUUAAAUGUUUGAAUAAUUGAAAUAAUUUUAAGGGGUAUUUAUGGUGUACCAAUCGAAAGACCAACCAUACUUUAGAAAUUCCUUUCGAAGGCAAUAAAAUAAGGAAUGGUUCCAAGGUUUUUUUCUGCUACUAAUAAUACUAGUAAAAAAUAUUACUCAUUACGAAAUAUUUACAAAUGGUUAGAUCAGGAGUUACUUUAACGUUAAUAUGAAUCGAUAAAUACAUGUAUAAAGUUUACACAAAAAUAUUUUUUACUUCGAAAAGAAUUUGUAACGUAUGCUUAAUUUUUCUGAAUAACACCCGAAAACUCCGUUAAAUCGAAUGUAACAAUGAAAGUAAACUGCAGAUUUUAUGUAUUCAUGAUACAAAUGAAUAUGGUAAAUGUAUAUUAAACGUAAUCAACAUGCACCUAUGCAAAACGAGAUAUUAAUAUUAUUAUAUUAAUUAACAGAAUAUAAUCUACAUGCAAUAUGUAUAUUUUCUAUUUGUUUUUUAUAUUAGUGUAUGUCAUAAAUGCAUAAAAUUCGCAAUCUAAUGAUAUGUUUAAGGAGGAAAUUUCUCGAUGAUUAUUAUAUCGAGUAAUUAGGCAAUUUACGGGCGCAAACUGUCAUCUCGAUGUCGGAGGAGUAUGUCAAACUCGUUUUAUCAGCAAUUCACCGAUACAUUUGAAAUUGCUCGAGUGUGCCAGCGUGUGCACUCUCGUCAUCCUAGAGUAAGCCUCGGUUUGGCACGAGUAACUCGUACGUAGCAACGUUAAUCUCUCUGUUCGUAGGCCGCAUGCCUGGUGCACGCAAUCUCGUGUUAUCGUGACCGUUUCAAGUGCGAAAAACAUGAAAUUCGCGGCAUGCGUUAUCAUCGGGCGCGAAUUCGUUCGCGCGAGGAAAAUUUGCGGAGCUUCGAUUUGCGUGUCCCCUCCAUUCUUGUAAAUAAAUUAUGCCCGCUCUGCCACGCGUUUUCUUUAGUGUUUUAACUAAAGCGGAACCGGACUAACAAUUGCGCCUUCAUUCGAUGAACAUGUAUUCGUUCGUGGACCUCAUUCCUGUGGCUAGCUAGUAGGUGUAAACGUAAGAUCAAUUGUAAAUAAGUAUUUCUUUUUAAGUUGCAGAGUGUUUCGCUGCGUUCAUCAAAUUCACGAAGACUGUCAAUUUAUUAAUUAAUCUCGGCUUAAAGUGGCAUUUGUUCAUUACUUUCCCCCGUAAAUUAAACUAUCUAUUUCACAGACACAUCCGCUUGUAUUCAGCUUUACGCGUAAACAAUUCUUACAUCGAUAACUCCGGGCGUAUUUGUACGCUCGCUUGGAAACAUACGUUUCAAACGUGUUUCCUACUAUUUUGAAAUUCCAAAACCGUUCGAUCCUCGAUGAAAGUCACGUCGAAGUUUCGGGUUGCACUUCACAAAGGAAAAUAUUAUGGAACGAACGGAUUACGCAGAUCUUGGUGCAUUGUUAUUACAAUUAUUGUUGAUUAUUUUAAACGUAUCGGUAGACGUAACGGUUAAUCGUAAAAACACUGUCGAUGAUUGUGUCUCGUACUGUUUACGCUACUACCAAGAACACGAUAAAAUAACGAAAUAAAAUAUAUUUUUCAUAAA